AUGGCUACUCUUGUGAGGAGUUCGUUGAACAUUUUUCCACGCUUUGCACAGCGGCUUACAGCUUUCAGAGCCUAUCAGAGUGCAUCUCUGGCCACAGCUACUGCCACUGAAAGUAAAUCCGUAGAUGAAAAAUGGAUAUUAGCAAGUGCAGUGUGCUUAGAACGAUAUCCCAUCAUAGUUCCACCGCUGACUGAAAAGGAAGAGAGGUUUAACAUUAAUCUGAAGAAAAUUGAAUUAGAAAGAAGUAUUUUAUGUGACCAUGAAUUGAAACACUUGGAUGACCUUUUAAAAAAGAAACAGACAGAGGAGUCGGACACUUCGCAUCAUGUUGAAAAAGUAGGAGGAACUGCUGAUAUGACAGAAGAGGGAAAACUCACAGCUGUUGAUAUGGAGGAUGCCUGGGAAAGGGAAGCUCUUAAUUUUUCUGAAGGAAGUAGAGAAACGGUUGCUGAUCAAGAAAAUGACCUACAGUCUCUGAAUAGAAAGCUUGACAAGAAAUUAUACCUUGUGGUUAAACAGAGACUUGGUGAGGUAGAACAUUGGAUCCUACCCCAGGGCGACCAUGUGGAGAAUGAAUCAAUGCGAGAGACAGCAGAAAGAGCACUCGGAAAACUCUGUGGAGACAGUGUCCAGUCCAAGUUCAUGGGAAACGCCCCUUGUGGAUUUUACAGGAACAUCUUCUCUAAGACUAUCAAAGAAAAACUGUGUGCAAAUGGACAAAAGGUAUUUUUCUUCAGAGCCGAGUACAGUCAAGGGGACAUAACUGUUAGUGACCAUGUUAGUGAUUAUAAGUGGUUAACAAUAGAGGAAAUGGCAGAAUAUUUACAACCAGACUAUUAUAAAAAAUGUAAGAUGUUUAUGUCCGAUUGAUCUUGAUGCGAAAUUUUAAACUUAAUAAAUUAUCAUGUAAGGCAACUUGCAUGCCAAUAGAAUGAAUUUUUUGAUCUAUUGUAAACCAGUAUGGGGAAAUUUUUCUGUGUACAUUUUGGAGACAAUGUGGUGGAUAAAUUGUGCAACAUCAUGAUAUUAUGUAUUUAAUAUGAACUUGUGUCAGGAAGCAGUUUUCAUUUUCUGUAGCUGUAAUAUCGUGUGUUGAUUUUUUUAUGCACCUUCAUUUGAGAUGAAGAACAAGAUUGGGUUAUAAAGUCAUUUAAUCUCAUGAUGAAUUAAAGAGUAUUAAUAUGUUCAUGUGAAAUUCCUGUGGUCAUGAGAUACUGUGAUCAUAGUGAACAAUCAUUGUAUUUUCCAUAUGGAUAACUGUUUAGAAUGUUGUAAAAUUGAGAAAUAUUGAUUUGAAUACAUGUUUUCAUUUUUGUCGGAGCAUGAUUUUGUGA